AUGGGAAAUGAUGGGCAUCAAUGGGCGUUGAUGACAAUUGACGCCCAGUCCUCAGCAAGGGGCUCUCUCACCAUAUCGGCGAGGAAAAACGUGUUGGUGGUGCUUGACCCGGAUUUCGCUGCCAAGGAAGCGGAUAUGAUAGAUGGUCUAUCUGAGGCUAAGGAUAUCGCCGCUGGUUGA